GACAAGAGAGAAACCCUAGAAAACCAAAAAAAAAGAGGAAAUUCGUGCCUCCUUACCUCCCACUCGCUUCCUUAGAUCGCGUGAACACCACACACGAGAUUUCUCUCUUCUCUCUUCCCUCUUCUCUCUAUCGUCCUCUUCCUUUCGCAGAUCGAAAACGCCAACUCGCACCGAUUGGCGCGUGCGUUGCCUUCUUCUUCCUCGAAUCUUCGUCUUUCUUGAGAUUAUAGAUUGGUUUCUUUCGAUUCUUCUUGUUUUCCCAAUCUCUCUGCUCUUCGUACCAGUGUUGCAGGGAGUCUGCUUCCUUAAAUUAUAGGAAAAAAGUUAUCUUUUGUCAUGGAUAUAGAUCUUCGACUACAUUCAGGUGACCUCUGCAAGGAAGGUGAUGAUGAUAGAGGACUUGACAAUGUGUUGCAGAACGAGCACAAGCUUCAUGAUGCUGAUGAAGAUAUGGACAUUGGCAAAAUCGAGGACGUCACUGUCGAGGUACAAACCGAUGACAGUGUAGGCAUGGGUGUUCCAACGGUGGAGUUGGUUGAAUACACAGAAGGUACGAACCCUGAACCUUUCAACGGUAUGGAGUUUGCGUCACACGGCGAGGCGUAUUCGUUUUACCAGGACUAUUCUCGAGCGAUUGGAUUCAACACUGCGAUACAGAACAGUCGUAGGUCAAAGACGACGAGAGAGUUUAUAGAUGCCAAGUUUGCUUGCUCUAGGUAUGGUACUAAAAGAGAGUAUGACAAGUCUUUUAACAGGCCACGAGCUAGGCAGAGCAAGCAAGACCCUGAGAAUAUGGCUGGUCGACGAACGUGUGCGAAAACAGAUUGCAAAGCUAGCAUGCAUGUUAAGAGAAGGCCUGAUGGGAAAUGGGUGAUUCAUAGCUUUGUGAGGGAGCAUAAUCAUGAGCUUUUACCUGCACAAGCUGUGAGUGAGCAGACUAGAAAGAUAUAUGCUGCUAUGGCUAAGCAGUUUGCGGAAUACAAAACUGUUAUUAGCCUGAAAAGCGAUUCGAAGAGUUCUUUUGAGAAAGGUCGGAGUUUAUCAGUGGAGACGGCGGAUUUCAAAGUCCUGCUUGACUUCUUGUCACGGAUGCAAAUCUUGAAUUCCAACUUCUUUUAUGCGGUGGAUCUUGGCGAUGAUCAGCGGCUGAAGAAUGUGUUUUGGGUAGAUGCAAAGAGCAGGCAUAACUAUGGCAGCUUUUGUGAUGUUGUUUCUCUAGAUAUCACAUACGUUAGAAACAAGUACAAGAUGCCACUUGCUGUUUUUGUUGGAGUGAACCAGCACUACCAGUAUAUGGUCCUUGGGUGUGCUUUGAUAUCCGACGAGAGUGCAGCAACAUUUUCUUGGUUAAUGGAGACCUGGCUGAAAGCGAUGGGUGGACAAGCUCCAAAGGUUUUGAUCACUGAGCAAGAUGUUGUAUUGAACUCCAUUGUCCCCGGAAUCUUCCCCAAUACCCAACAUUGCCUUUUUCUUUGGCAUGUUUUGAUUAAGGUUUCUGAGAAUCUUGGUCAAGUUGCUAAGCAACAUGAAAAUUUUACAUCAAAGUUCGAGAAGUGCAUCUAUAAAUCAUGGAAGGAGGAAGACUUUGCUAGAAGAUGGUGGAAGAUUCUUUCUAGAUUCGGCCUCAAAGACGAUCAGUGGAUGCAGUCGUUAUAUGAAGACCGCAGGAAAUGGGCACCGACCUACAUGACUAAUGUUCUUUUGGCAGGGAUGUCUACACCUCAAAGAGCUGAUAGUGUUAACGCCUUCUUCGACAAGUACUUGCAUAAGAAGACUAGUGUACAAGAAUUUGUGAAACUAUAUGAUACAAUUUUGCAAGAUAGAUGUGAAGAAGAAGCCAAAGCUGAUUCUGAAUCGUGGAACAAGCAGCCAGCAAUGAAGUCUCCAUCGCCUUUUGAGAAGAGUGUUUCUGAAGUCUAUACUCCUGCUGUAUUCAAAAAAUUCCAGAUUGAAGUUUUGGGUGCAAUUGCGUGUAGUCCCAGAGAGGAGAACCGAGAUGCAACUUGUUCUACUUUUAGAGUUCAGGAUUUUGAAAACAACCAGGACUUCAUUGUAACAUGGAACCAAGCAAAGGCUGAAGUCUCUUGCAUCUGUCGGUUAUUUGAGUACAAAGGCUAUCUCUGCAGACACACGCUUAAUGUUCUUCAGUGUUGUCAUCUUUCUUCCAUCCCCUCGCAGUACAUAUUGAAGCGGUGGACAAAAGAUGCAAAAAGCCGGCAUUUUUCAGGAGAACCUCAGCAGUUGCAGAGUAGGCUGCAGCGGUAUAACGACUUGUGCCAACGAGCGUUGAAGCUGAAUGAAGAGGCAUCGUUCUCUCAAGAGAGUUACAAUAUUGCAUUCCUUGCCAUUGAAGAAGCUUUGGGAAAUUGUGCUAGUGUUAAUACUUCCGGCAGAAGUCUUCCAGAUGUGGUCACCUCGCCAACUCAAGGUCUGAUUUCCGUCGAGGAGGAUAACCAGAGCAGAAUUGCUGGCAAGACAAGCAAAAAAAAGAAUCCAACUAAGAAAAGAAAAGUGAACUCAGAGCAGGAGGUUAUGCCAGUUGCAGCGCCAGAAAGCUUGCAACAGAUGGAUAAGUUGAGCCCAAGGACAGUCGGCAUUGAAAGUUAUUAUGGAACACAGCAGAGCGUGCAGAACAUGGUCCAGCUGAAUUUAAUGGCGCCAACUCGCGAUAAUUUCUAUGGGAAUCAGCAAACAAUUCAAGGAUUGCGACAGUUGAACUCAAUAGCGCCAAGCUACGACAGUUACUACGCUGCUCAGCAAGGCAUCCAUGGACAGGGAGUUGAUUUCUUCAGGCCACCCAAUUUUCCUUAUGAUAUCCGGGAUGAUCCUAAUGUGAGGACUACGCAGUUGCAUGAGGACGCAUCUAGACACUCAUAGACAAAACUAUAGCCCAACUGCGAAGCAAAUCUCAAAAUGCUUUGGAUGAAAGGUUCAAAUCUCUGUAGAACAGACGCCAACAAGCACUAGAAAGAAGCUCAUUUGACACACUGAGGUUUGGAACAGAACAAGAGCAUGAUCUGUUUUUAUCUGCUCACGUGUUUAAUAGGAUGUUGUAUUGUUUCGCUUAUUAUCCCAGAGAUUCGCUUCUGUUAAUAUUGUUCGUGUUUGUAUUGUUAGUUCAGAUGAUCACCAAGCUUUGAUCAUUGACUGCUCGAUUUUAGAGGGAAAAAAACAGUGUUUAGAGAUAUUCUCUAUUUGUAAACUCUUGUUAAUUCUUUUGAUCAA